UUUACCGGUCUAGCCUCCUCCAGAGGAUCAAAUGAUAAAUGUGAGGGGUCUUGAGAUGAUUAAUGGGAGAGGAAAAAAGAAUUUGGAUACACAAAUUUGGAUUAACUUUGUUGGACUUCCAACAAACCUUUAGGUUUUUUUCUUUCUAGGGCUCAAGCAGUUAGACUAGACACUUUUACAAGGCGUCACAAACUAAAAAGGUUGGGAACCACUGGUUUAAUUUCUAACCAUGCAGUGUACUUUAUAUUUGGUGACCUCCCAUCACUGCUAUACACUAAAUAUUCUUCCAGCACUUUUGUACUGUUCUCCUGGGUUUGUCUUCCACUUGGAUAAUUAUCAUUGACCCAAACACAGAACAGUUUCCUCUCUCUGGCAUUCUUGGCUGCUGAAGGAGAGAGAGAGAGACCUCAAAUUAUUACUGAAACUCUGUCCACUGUGAGCCCAGGAGGUGUUUGUGCAGAUAUUCAUUCUGGACUCAUAAGGACAUGGGAGUCACCCAUGGAAAGAAGAGAGAUCUCCAACAUUCAGCAGAGACACACCUGAAUGGGUCUGCCUCAGUGAUGCAGACACACCAACGUGAACAACAAGACCCUUUGUCUCCACAACAGAGUGAGGAGGGCAGCAGUAAUCUCAUCCGACCACAAAAACCUCCCAAUCCUUUAACGGCCUCCAAGAGCCACCAGGAGCUUCACAGAGAACUGCGGAUGACCCACAAGAGGAGAGUGUCUCAUGAAGGAAAGACUGAACUCCAGAAGGUGUUAGAAAAGAGGAGAUGGGAACAAAGGAUGAAGGCGAGCAGAGAUCAGGAAGAGGCAAAGAAGAACAGAUCCCCACUUCAUCAGGAACUGUUGAAAAGACACCAGAGGCUAGAAAAGCUAGAGAGAGACAAAGAACCACAACGAGAAGGGCCAGAGUUCCUCCGAGUCAAAGAGAGACUGAGAAGAACUGCAGUGUUGGAGGAAGGUGCAGGAGGAAAAGAAGUGUGAUAGUUAUGAUUUGUGAUUGUAUGUUCAUGUAUUGUAUUGAGCACAAUGAGCUGUUGGGAAUACGUUAUUUUGUGGAGAACAGCAUAGAUGAAAAAACAAUUGUGUUUCAGUUUGAGUAACAUCAUGAAGUCUACAUAGCUGAGUUAGAAAGCUGGACCGUGAUGACAGCUGAAUGUGUCAUAUAUGCUGCAGCCGUAUAGAUGUAUCAUUUCUCACUCUUCUUUUUCCUCGCAAUGCAAACUGAAUUCAUACCUAAUCUGUGUUAAGUGCAUUUUUACGUGUCUGUCAUGAUGUGUCUUUCCACUGUUUCCAUAAGAUUCAAUAAGAUUCACAUGUUUCUAUGUGUUCAGUAUAAUAAGGAGAGACAUUGUGUUAUUGCACACUUUUUACAAUGUGUUUAUCUGGUAUUCACCAUUCCCUGCAAGUCUUUGUUUUAUUCAACCAUGUUGAGUCUGCUUUAUUAUGCUGGUGUAACAUCACCAGUAUUCUAGCAAAGAAAUCAGGUAUUUGUCUGGCAAGGUAACUGAACACUGACUAUUGUGACUAUUAAGACAUUAUUGUGUCCUGUCAAAAAUAUGUAUUCAACAAUACAUUUUUGCAAUAUUUUCUGAUGACACAUUGUUGUAUUUCCACGGUGAUGAAAAACAGGAAAGAUAAGAAAAAAAACAUUUACAUUAAUUUGAUUAUGAAUGACGAGAGGUGAGGAUUUCCUUUGGUCAGUAAAAGAGCACAUACAUCUUCUUAUUAAAUCCUAUUUAUCAGUAUAAAAUAUAUGAAGAAUACAAGAAAAAUGAACAUAAUAGUCAUUUUUGAGGCUGUAGUACGUAAGUGCUAUUUGGUUUACAUUACAUUGUGCACAUGUUCAUUGCUUCCAAUGUAUUUUUGAAAUGUAAUAUGACAAU